AUGUUCGAACACCGACACGGGCAACGAACGCUGUCGACCUGCAACCUCCUCGGCGUGAUAUUUCUCCUAGUGAUCGUCGCCGGUAGCUACGAUGUCUCCGCGGAUCUCAACUCCGAGUUUGUCAAAGGGAAAAUUUGCAUCGGAACCAAUGGCCGCCUCUCCGUUCCGUCCAACAAGCAGCACCAUUACCGGAAUCUUCGAGACCGGUACACCAACUGUACUUAUGUCGACGGCAACCUGGAGAUCACAUGGCUCCAGAACGAGACCUUCGACCUCAGUUUCCUCCAGUACAUACGAGAAGUCACCGGUUACGUCCUCAUCAGCCACGUGGACGUCCGGAAGAUCGUUCUGCCGCGGUUGCAAAUCAUACGCGGCAGAACACUCUUCAAGCUCAACAUUCACGACGCGGAGUUCGCCUUGUUCGUUACGAUGUGUCAGAUGCAGAACUUGGAGAUGCCGGCUCUCAGAGACAUCCUCAACGGCAGCGUGGGCAUGUACAACAAUUACAACCUCUGCCAUAUCCGUACGAUCAACUGGGACGAAAUAAUCACCGGCCAGAGCGGGACGUAUUUCUACGUGUACAAUUUCACGUCUCCAGAACGGGUCUGUCCGCAAUGCGAUAAGAGCUGCGAGCAGGGCUGCUGGGGCGAGGGGCCCGAGAAUUGUCAGAGGUACUCGAAGACGAACUGUUCGCCCCAGUGCUGGCAGGGCAGGUGCUUCGGGCCCAAUCCCCGCGAGUGUUGCCAUCUUUUUUGCGCCGGUGGCUGCACAGGCCCGAAACAGAGCGACUGUCUCGCCUGCAAGAACUUCUUCGACGACGUGGAAUGCCCGCCCAUGCAAAAGUACAAUCCAACGACGUAUUCGUGGGAGGCUAAUCCGGACGGGAAAUACGCGUAUGGUGCAACCUGCGUGAGAAGGUGUCCGGAACACCUUCUGAAAGACAACGGCGCCUGCGUAAGAUCCUGUCCACCGAAAAAAAAGGCACUAAACGGCGAGUGCGUGCCCUGCGACGGUCCCUGUCCAAAAACCUGCAGAGGCGUGGAGAAAGUGCAUUCCGGGAACAUCGACAGCUUCAAGGACUGCACGAUCAUCGAGGGCUCGAUCACGAUCCUGGACCAGAGCUUCCAAGGCUUCCAACAUGUCUAUCCGAACUUCAGUUUCGGCAAACGCUACGAGAAGAUGCAUCCCGACAAGCUGGAGGUGUUCAGCACAUUGAAGGAGAUUACUGGAUUCUUGAACAUCCAAGGGGAUCAUAAGGACUUCAAGAACCUCUCUUACUUCCGGAACCUCGAGGUGAUCGGCGGAAGAACUCUCACGGAAUACUUCGCCUCGUUGUAUAUCGUGAAGACGUCGUUGGUCUCGUUCGGACUUAGCUCGCUGAAGAAAAUUUACUCGGGAUCGAUCGCCAUUUUGGAGAACAAGAAUCUCUGUUACGCGCAAAGUAUCAACUGGACGAGGAUCAAGAAGUCGUCGGAACAUGAGAGUUUGUUGUCGAAUAAUCGGAAUGAGACCGAAUGCAUAAAAGAUGGAUUAGUCUGCGACGAGCAGUGUUCCGACGAGGGCUGUUGGGGACCCGGUCCGGCGCAAUGUUUGUCCUGCAAGAAUUUCAUCCUAGGCAAUGAUUGUCUCCAAGAUUGCACCGCGCCAGGAAUUUACCGAGCGGACGAGAAGACCUGCAAGCUGUGCCACGAGGAAUGCGACGGUUCUUGCAUAGGGCCGAACGCGGACCACUGCACGAAAUGCAAACACGCCAGGGACGGUCCAUUCUGCGUGCCCGAAUGCCCGUCCUCGAAGUAUAACGACAACGGCGUGUGCAAGGACUGCCACGGGAACUGCGUGGGCGGCUGCGAAGGACCUGAGAAUAACAUCGGACCUAAUGGAUGCCACAGUUGCGAUAAGGCGAUCAUGGACAGCCAUGUACCUGAAGCAUGUCUGCAGAAAGGGGAACCGUGUCCUGACGGACAUUACUACGAGUGGGUGAGUCCUCAGGAACAAGGUGCCCUCAAGCCUCUAGCCGGAAAAGCUGUCUGCCGCAAGUGCCACCCGCGUUGCAAGAAAUGUACCGGUUACGGUUUCCAUGAGCAUGUGUGUCAAGAGUGUACGAAAUACAAGAAGGGCGAACAGUGCGAAGACGAGUGUCCCGCGGAUCAUUUUGCGGACGCUGACACUCAACUUUGCAUACCAUGCUUCAGCGAAUGUCGAGGAUGCUUCGGACCGGGCCCUAACCAAUGCUAUAAAUGUCGGAACUAUAAAAUUAACGUGGAUGAAGAUAUAGACGGAAACGUGACUGUCUUCAAUUGCACAGAAACGUGUCCCCCGGAAUACCCCCACAAGAUCUUCCCGCAGGGCAGCGAGCCCUAUUGCUCAUUGGAAAUGGUCGGCCUUGGAUUUCAAGUUGACAACGAGCUUCAACCGGCUAUCUUGGCAGGUGUCGUGGUGUUUACUCUAGUGUUCGUCGUAGUCGCGGCCGUGAUUAUGUACUUCUGGCGUGUACGUGUAAAAGCAAAGGAAAACACUGUGAAGAUGACGAUAGCGUUAACCGGAUUUGACGACAACGAGCCGCUUCGUCCGACUGGCGUCAAGCCGAAUCUAGCGAAACUACGUAUCAUCAAGGAGGAGGAAAUGCGAAAAGGAGGGAUUCUAGGCUACGGUGCUUUUGGGAACGUCUACAAAGGUGUUUGGGUACCUGAAGGGGAAAAUGUAAAGAUACCGGUAGCUAUAAAGGUUCUACAUGACGGGACAGGAGCGAACACCUCUAAAGAGUUUCUCGACGAGGCGUAUAUCAUGGCCAGCGUGGAACACCCGAACUUGCUUCAAUUAUUGGCCGUCUGCAUGACAUCGCAGAUGAUGCUAGUCACUCAGUUGAUGCCGUUAGGAUGUCUCUUGGAUUUCGUGCGUACGUUUAAGGACAAAAUUGGUUCGAAGGCUCUGUUGAAUUGGUGCACGCAGAUCGCCAGAGGGAUGGCCUAUUUAGAGGAAAGAAGACUGGUUCAUCGUGAUCUAGCGGCACGGAACGUUCUCGUGCAGACACCGAAUUGUGUGAAGAUUACCGAUUUCGGACUGGCCAAGCUUCUGGAUAUUAACGAGGAACAGUACAAGGCUGCCGGUGGUAAAAUGCCGAUCAAGUGGCUAGCUUUGGAAUGCAUUCAGCACCGAGUGUUCACGCACAAGUCCGACGUUUGGGCGUUCGGUGUGACCAUCUGGGAGGUUCUCACUUACGGUGGCAGACCGUACGAGAACGUGCCUGCUAGAAACGUGCCGGAAUUGCUAGAGAAAGGCGAGAGGCUACCACAGCCGGCGAUUUGUACGAUCGAUGUUUACAUGAUCAUGGUCAAGUGCUGGAUGUUUGACGCAGAGUCCAGGCCUAGCUUCAAAGAGCUGGCGGAGGACUUCGCGAGGAUGUCUAGAGAUCCUGGUCGAUAUCUUGCCAUCAAAGGCGACAAAUAUAUGAAACUUCCUUCGUAUACAUUGCAGGACGAAAAAGAAAUGAUUCGAAAUCUUGCAUCCGCCAUGGAUGGUCCCGAAGCGUUAGUAGACGCCGACGAGUAUCUUCAGCCAAAAUCUCGGGCCCCGAUUCCGCCGGGACUUUCAGCAUCCAGUACUUCCGGUUCUCCGCCGAAUACGCUGGUGCAAACUGCUCAUUGCUGGCCAAGUAUAAAACCCCUAGCUGCGGACUCACCUACACCUCAGAAUCAACAGAACUGGGACAGAGAGUUGUUGAGGUACGGCGCGAAUCAUAGAAACGGAAACGCGUCGCACGAGCCAGGAAAUUCCGGUCAGCACCCGCAUUUCGAGCCACCGAACGGCCAUUGCGGACAUCCCGUGGGAUCGGAUGGUUCCAGCUCGAGAUACUGUUCGGACCCGUUGAAAAUGAUUAGUGUUAAAGAUUGCGACGUCACGGAUGAUUGUUUCGACGGCGAUGUAAACUCAGCGCAUCAACAGGCUCAAGUAGGGAACCUGAAACUAGACUUGCCAUUAGACGAAGACGAUUACUUGAUGCCAUCGCCGCAAUUGCCAACAAACACAACGCAGUACAUGGAUCUCAUAGGGGACUCGAAGCCAGCUGAUACCGAACCGAAACGAGUAAACAACGGCUACCGGAAGUACCCCGAAUUUCUGACCACUCAAGGGAAAACGUCGUUGGACAAUCCCGAAUACAUAAUGUCCCAGGACGAAGGACCGUUGACCCCGCAGACAUUAGGCAUUCCAACCCCCGACCUGGAGAAGGUCUUAACAAAUGGAACCUUCGGAUCCCAAGUCAGGCAGAGGAGCUCAGAGGAGGAAUCCGACCACGAGUACUACAACGACUUCGACCGCCUGGAACGGGAGUUGCAGCCGCUGAAGCCGCUCAGGAAGAACGAGACAACCGUCUGAUUCCAGGAAGAUUUCUAAAUAAAAAUAACUGUUUCCGUUGUUCCAAGUUCGAACCGGUGAACUGUGUGUUGUACGACCGUCCGUUACUUAGGGAUCGAACUUAAGUUAAACGGACGAGGCGAUGAACCGC